AUGGAGUGGUUAGGGAAAGCCAAGGUAGAGUUUACUCAUUCACCAUCACCGAGAGCCAUCAAGGAAAAGGAUGGCACGGAUACGGAUCUGCUCAAAAUCUGCGAGGCAACUACGCCGCCCUGUCACCUGAACCCGCUGCUGUUCAAUGGCCACGUCCAAACCAUGUGGACGGCGACAAAGCCCAGUGGACCGCCGGUCUUCUACCGUCGCCGUUUGUUCGAUGCAGACCAUGCUACGUACAAGGGGUCGUACGCUGUUGACUUUGCCGUGGAGCCCUUCGAAGAAAACGAUCCGUCGCUCCCGCACCGAACCGUGUAUUACACUGAGGCGGAGGAUAAGAGUUUGGGAUCUGAUGACAAAAAGCCCAUGGUCGUCGUCCUCCACGGGUUGUCUGGUGGCUCGCACGAAAUCUAUCUCCGCCACACCAUUGCGCCACUCCUCGGUAAGGGAGGCUGGGAAGUGUGUGUUGUCAACUCGCGGGGAUGCGCCGGAAGCAAAAUCACCAGUGGAGUGCUUUACAAUGCCCGCGCGACGUGGGACGUUAGACAGACGAUCAAGUGGCUUCGUCAAAAGUUUCCCAAUAGACCUCUUUUUGGUCUUGGGUUCUCUCUUGGCGCGAACAUGAUGACAAACUACUGUGCUGAAGAGGGUGAAAACUGCGUGCUCAAAGCGGCUGUUGUCUGUUCCAAUCCAUUUAAUUUGGAUUGCACCAGCAAGCUCAUGCAGAACACUUUGAUCGGCAGGGAACUGUAUUUAAGGGUAAUGGGCGCGUCCAUGAAGAAUCUUGUCACUACUCACAAGAAGGAGCUUAAGGAGUACACAAACCUCGACCUGGAGGCCAUCGAGAAAGUCAUCUAUCUGCAUGAUUUCGACAGAGAAGUCCAAUGUCCAAUUUGGGGAUAUCCCACCGAAUCUGCAUACUACCGGGAUGCAUCUUCCUGCGAUUCCGUUCUGUCCAUCAGAAUUCCCUUUUUGGCUGUCAAUGCCAAAGACGAUCCUAUUGCACUCGACGCCGCUCUCCCGUACCAAGAGUUCCGCCAAAAUCCCAACACCAUUCUACUCACAACAUCCCUCGGCGGGCAUCUCUGUUGGUUUGAGUGGGGUGGUUCGCGGUGGCUGGCCAAGCCCGUGUGCAACUUUUUGAACUACAUGGCCUCCAAGGUCGACUUCGACUCGGUCAAGCCCACUAAAGAAGCCCAAGUUGACGAGGUGCCCGUCCCCUUUGACCCAAUGCGCCGAAGACUGCAUGUCCCUCAGAUGUAG